AAGUCUUAGGAAGAAACACAAAACUUGUUAUAUUCUUGUUCAAUAGUAAUAGUGUGUUCUUCCUAACACUACUCCUUUUAUUUCUCUUCUUCUUAUUCUUGUAAUUAAGAAAGAAGAAAAAAAAUGGGGAGUGAAAAGGUUGGAAGUUGUGGAAAAUUGAUAGAGAGCUCAAAACCGUAUUUUGCAAUGAUGUCAUUACAAUUUGGAUAUGCUGGCAUGAAUGUUAUUACUAAGCUUUCUCUUAAUCAAGGCAUGAGCCACUAUGUCCUUGUGGUUUAUCGCCAUGCCUUUGCAGCUGCUAGCAUUGCCCCAUUUGCCCUUCUUUUUGAAAGGAAAGGUCAACCAAAGAUAACAUUCUCAGUUUUCAUGCAACUUUUCAUUCUAGCUCUGCUUGGGCCAGUGAUUGAUCAAAAUUUUUACUAUGCUGGGUUGAAGCUUACAUCCCCAACCUUUUCAUGUGCAAUGAGCAACAUGCUUCCGGCCAUGACUUUCGUUAUGGCAGUUAUAUGCCGGAUGGAAAAGAUAGACAUGAAGAAAGUGAGAUGUCAAGCUAAGGUAGUGGGAACAUUAGUGACAGUUGGUGGGGCAAUGUUGAUGACAUUAUACAAAGGACCUAUCAUGGAAUUGGUAUGGGCCAAACAUAGAGAAACUCAUCACAACAACACCAAUUCUUCAUCAUCAACAACCUCCAAAGGUUCUUCCGAAAGAGAUUGGUUCUUAGGAUGCACUUUCCUCAUCAUUGCUACCCUUGCCUGGGCUUCCCUCUUUGUUCUACAAAGUAAAUUCCUGACAUCACUUAUCUGCUUCAUAGGAACUCUUCAAGCUACUGCAGUUACUUUUGUUAUGGAACACAAUCCUUCUGUUUGGAGAAUUGGCUGGGACAUGAACUUACUUGCUGCAGCAUAUGCUGGGAUUGUGACAUCAAGUAUAUCAUACUAUGUACAAGGGUUGGUAAUUAAGAAGAAGGGACCUGUCUUUGCAACUGCCUUUAGCCCUCUUAUGAUGAUCAUUGUUGCCAUCAUGGGCUCCUUCAUCCUUGCUGAGCAAAUUUAUCUUGGAGGUGUGGUUGGUUCCAUCUUGAUUGUAAUAGGCUUAUACUCUGUUCUAUGGGGAAAGCACAAAGAACAAAUAGAAACCGAAAUGGGACAUCAUGAUAAUGGUAUACAUUUGCCUGUUACAAAAGGUAGUGCUCAAAAUUUUGCAAAUGAAGACUCAAAAAUUGAUGCCACAGUAGAUCAUUGCACCCAAGAAAAUUUCGGUCACAAAGAAGAAGUCAACAAGGAGAAGCACUCCUCUUCGGUUGUAAUAAGCAUGACUAACCAAGAGACAAAUAAAUAAAGGCUUAAAAUUAAAGUUAAAAAAAUAUGUUGAGUAGGAAAUGUUAACCCCUUUUUUUUAUUUCUCAUCAGCCCAGGAAAAAAUUACCAACAACUUUGUUACCUUACUUGUAGCAAUUUUAAUUUUCCUUUUACCAAGGAUUAUUAUUGUAUGUAAAAAGGAUGUUACGUUGUUGGUUUUGUUAUUUGUAUCAACAAAUAAUUAUAUGACUCUUGUGAGAUUCCAACUAAUCGAUAUGUAUAAGAGAAUCAUGUUUUUAAUUUCUCCUUC